AUGGCUUCUCCAUCUGAAUCGUCCCCAAUCAGAUCGUCUUCUCCGCAUCAAAACCCUAAUUUCUCUUCUAAUCCUCAUUCUCUGAAUUCAUAUACUUCUCUUACGAUUCACAACAUUGGAAGUAUGAUGCCGAUUAAAUUGAAAAUCUCUAACUAUCUUCCAUGGCGAGCGUUGUUUGCUCCCAUUUUUCGGCGAUACAAGCUUUUUGGCAUGAUUGAUGGAACUGAGAUCUAUCUACCGUCUGAUCGCUCGCUGAAUCCUGCUUUUGAGGAAUGGCUAACAUUCAUCAAUUGCGAUCACGCCUCAAUUCAGAAAGGCUCCAAUUCUAUCUCUGUCUAUCUCCAACAAAUCAAGGAAAUUGCAGAUUCAUUACAUGCUGCGGGUGCUUCUGUCUCUAAUUGUGAUCUUAUUCUUGCCACUUUACAUGUUAUACCUGAUAAGUUUGAGUCCUUCAUUGAUUCUAUCAUGCUUCGCUUGUAUUCUAUGUCUCUUGAUGAACUCCACGAUCUUUUACUUACCAAGGAACUUUCUAUGGCUCGAAGGAAGACAGUUGCCUCUGCAAUUGAACCAUUUCAGGAUUUCUCAGUACAAUCUCAGCCUCUUUUACUUCCCACUCCCUCUAUCUUUGCUGCUCAGUCUUCACCUCUUCAAUCUGCCUCUCGAUACAACUCCAAUCGUGGUAAGCCUACUCAGGGUCAAUUUGUUUCUAAUCAGGGCAAUCGCAAUCAUCGUGGUAAUUUCACUCCUCAUCGUGGUAAUUGGAUCUAUUAA